CCCAGACAGGCUCGUAUCCUUUGGAGUACUGGACGAGGAGAGACGGGACGCGAGGAAGCUUGUGACAACCGCGAACCUGCAGAAGUACGGUUUUUUCAGCGACAAGGCGUCGUUAGAACCCCUAGAAGAGACCAUGCCCCCAAAGGAGUCCGGGCAGUCCCGCCGAGCACCAUUCGUCUUUCCUAGAUCGAGGAGAGAGAGGGCGGCCGAAGCUGCUCGUUCAAUCCCAGCAUAGCCGGUGCGAACAGUCCCGGCUUCCCAGCCCCGUCCUGUGCAAGAAGCGACCAGGACGGAACAGGCCACUCAGGCGCCAAUUGCUCACCCAAAGCGGAAGGCUCCAGCCCAGAGGUCGAAGAAGAGGAAGCAGAUUCAGCCCGAAGAGUCAGAGACUGAAUCUGAGGAACAGCCUCUGAGGUCGCGCCAGGAACCCAGGAGGUUGGGCAAAGAGCCCGUGGGCGAGGCAAUCGCUGCUGGCAAGGCGAAGGACACGCCGGUUCUAGACUCAUUGGGGAGUCUGCCCGAAUACUUGCAGCCAAUAGUCUAUGGCCUGCUCGAGUGCGAGCUGUCGGAGUCGUACGACGAGUUUGCCGACACGGGCAACGACCUGAUGACCACGUCGUUCCAGCAUCUGAGCAAGGAUGUCCAUGGAAAAGACGUGGCUGGGGGCCGCCAAGGGGACAAGCGACCUGCAGGAAGAGGUCGCAAAGCUGAACAGAGCUUGGAGUCCGUUGAAGCGGAAAGAACUCAAGCGUUCGAAGCGGCGAACAGGUAUCUGAGCCAAAAGGACGCUGCUUUACGAACAGUGGACUUCCAGAAGAUGGAGCUCAAUCGACGUGCGGAGGAAGUCAAGGAACUUCAAAGGACAAUCGCCAGGCUCUCUAAGGAGGUCGGAGAAAAGGACCAGGAGCUCCAGGCGACCUUCUCACGGGCUCAGCAAGCUGAGCAAGACAGGCAAGCUCUCGAGGCCGAGCUCCAGGAGAGUCAGGACAAAAUCGCUUCCCUGACUGAAGAAAUGCAGAAUCAGUCAGAGGAGCUGGAAGAAAAGGCCGCGGACUGGGCAAUCGGGUCUAUUUACUCCCUGCGAGCAAAGAACCCGGAUCUGGACAUGUCCGACCUCCCGGAGGGUUGGUAAGCGACUUUGCGGAUCAUGGCCAAAGAGGACGAUCAGGAAGCCGCGGGCGCCCAACGACCCGACCAGGCAGGGGGUUCUGGUUCAAAGGAUCCCCCUGACUAGCCUUAAGCGUAAUGAGUUGUCCUCAUUGU